UGGGGGUAAGUGGAAGAGGAAGAAUGAGGAAGACGAGCCUCUCUCUCUCUCUCUCUCUCUCCACUCCGGUCCCAACCCAAGCACACAUGCGGGCUCUGCUGAUGAAGCUCCGCCGCGGUCAUUCAGGUCGCUCCGGAGGCGCUCCAUGGAAACACGCCGACCGCAUUCUCGCCACCAACAACAGAUAAACAAACAAACACACGAGGAAGCUGCAGGAAGAAGAAGAAAAAAGUGCCCGUGUGCAUGGGAAUUCGGACCGGUCUGCCUCCCCUCCACUACUAACACCACCACCCCCUCCUCCUCCUCCGCCUCCUCCUCCUCAGACUUGUGUGUGCCUUCGCUCGGGGGCCCCGUCCGCCGUCUCGGUGGUUAUAAGAGAAGCUCCACUCGGCUCACCUCCACUCGGCUCACCUCCACUGGGAUCACAGCUCGGCAAGGAAGGUUCAACAUCCUCAUCGAUCGUCACCUCGCGUCUCCGAUUCAGACGUCAACAUGGCCCCGAAGCUGUCAGUCAUCGCCCUUGUUCUGCUCGUCAGGCUUCAGCCUUUACUGGCCGGUGCGCCCCCUGAGCCCAGCUUAGGCAGCUCAGUGUUGGCGGUGUCCACUAAUAAAACAGAGUGCAGCAAAGCAGAAGAGUGCACGCCCGGCGUCAUGCUGCCCGUGUGGGAACCCAUGAACCCGUCGUUUGGCGACAAAGUAGCCCGGGCGACUGUGUACUUUGUAGCUCUGGUUUACAUGUUCCUGGGCGUGUCCAUCGUCGCCGAUCGCUUCAUGGCGUCCAUCGAGGUGAUCACCUCACAGGAGAAGGAGAUCACCAUCAAGAAACCCAACGGAGAGACCAGCACCACCACGGUGCGCAUCUGGAACGAGACCGUGUCCAACCUCACCCUAAUGGCCCUGGGCUCCUCGGCUCCGGAGAUCCUGCUGUCUGUUAUAGAGGUGGUGGGCCACGGCUUUAACGCCGGCACCUUGGGUCCCUCCACCAUCGUGGGCUCGGCCGCAUUCAACAUGUUCGUCAUCAUCGGUCUUUGCGUUUGGGUGGUGCCUGACGGCGAGACCAGGAAGGUCAAGCACCUGCGGGUGUUCUUUGUCACCGCUUCCUGGAGCAUCUUCGCCUACAUCUGGCUCUACCUGAUCCUGUCGGUCAUUUCGCCCGGCGUAGUGCAGGUGUGGGAAGCCCUGCUUACCUUCUUCUUCUUCCCAAUCUGCGUGGUGUUUGCCUGGGUGGCCGACCGACGUCUGCUUUUCUACAAGUACGUGUAUAAGCGCUACAGGACGGGCAAGCAGCGCGGCAUGAUCAUCGAGACCGAAGGCGACCGGCCGCUUCCUUCUAAGGUGGACAUCGAGAUGGACGGCAAGAUGCUCAACUCUCACGGAGUCGACUUCCUGGACGGCCCGCUGGGUUUGGAUAUAGACGAGAAAGACCUGGACGAGGAGGAAACCCGUAGAGACAUGGCCAAGAUUCUCAAGGAGCUCAAACAGAAGCAUCCAGACAAAGAGGUGGAGCAGCUAAUAGAACUGGCCAAUUACCAGGUUCUGAGCCAGCAGCAAAAGAGUCGGGCUUUCUAUCGCUGCCAGGCCACCCGACUCAUGACGGGCGCGGGCAACAUCCUGAAGAAACACGCCGCCGACCAGGCGCGCAAGGCCGUCAGCAUGCACGAGAUGUGUUCCGAUGCCGGCGACAAUGACCCGAUUUCCAAGGUGUUCUUCGAACCCGCCACCUACCAGUGCCUGGAGAACUGCGGCACGGUCGCAGUGAACGUCAUGCGACGCGGCGGCAACCUGGCCAAGACCAUUUCCGUGGAGUAUCGGACCGAGGACGGCACAGCCAACGCCGGCUCGGACUAUGAGUUCACCGAGGGCGUGGUGGUGUUCAAACCUGGCGAGACGGUCAAAGAGAUCCGCGUGGGAAUCAUCGAUGACGACAUCUUCGAGGAGGACGAGAACUUCCUUAUCCACCUGUCCAACGUAAAAGUCCUGACGACAGAAGGCGAGGAGCCCGCGGAGGACGAGUCGGCUAACCACGUGGACUCGGUGGCCUGCCUGGGCCUGCCGGCCACAGCCACCGUCACCAUCUUUGACGACGACCACGCCGGAAUCUUCACGUUCGAGGAGCCCGCGUUCCACGUGAGCGAGAGCGUGGGCACCAUGGAGGUGAAAGUGCUGAGGACGUCGGGCGCCCGCGGCGUGGUCACGCUGCCCUACAAGACGGUAGAGGGGACGGCGCGGGGCGGCGGCGAGGACUUUGAGGACGCACACGGCGUACUGGAGUUCCAGAACGACGAGAUCUUGAAGAGCAUAACGAUUAGGAUCUUAGACCGUGAGGAGUACAAUAAGCAGUCCUUCUUCUACAUUCUACUCGAAACCCCCAAGUGGAGGAGAGGCAGCGGGACAGAGUGGACAGAGGAGAAGCUGCAGCAGAAAGAGGAGGCGAUCGUGGAGGAAGAAGAAGCUCUGACGGGGAUGGACGAGGAGGAGAGGCGCAUCGCCGAGAUGGGUCGCCCCAUGCUGGGAGAUCAUGUCAAACUGGAGGUGGUCAUUGAGGAAUCCUACGAGUUCAAGAACACAGUGGACAAGCUUAUAAAGAAGACCAAUCUGGCUCUGCUGGUGGGGACCAACAGCUGGAGGGACCAGUUCAUCGAGGCCAUCACGGUCAGCGCAGGUGAGGACGACGACGAUGACGAGUGUGGCGAGGAAAAGCUGCCAUCGUGCUUCGACUACGUCAUGCACUUCCUCACCGUCUUCUGGAAAGUCCUGUUCGCCUUUGUGCCACCUACCGACUAUUGGAACGGCUGGGCGUGCUUCGUCGUGUCCAUCUGCAUGAUCGGGCUGCUCACCGCCGUCAUCGGCGACCUGGCGUCUCACUUUGGCUGCACUGUGGGCCUGAAGGACUCGGUCACAGCGGUGGUGUUUGUCGCCUUGGGAACGUCGGUACCAGACACUUUUGCCAGCAAGGUGGCAGCCAUCCAGGAUCAGUACGCCGACGCCUCCAUUGGCAACGUGACAGGCUCCAAUGCUGUCAAUGUUUUCCUGGGCAUUGGGGUGGCGUGGUCCAUCGCCGCAAUCUACCACCAGAGCAACGGCAACAUUUUCCGGGUGGACCCGGGCAAGCUGGCCUUUUCCGUCACGCUCUUCACCAUCUUUGCCUUCAUCUGCGUCGCCAUACUGAUGUACCGGCGGCGGCCCGAAAUUGGCGGCGAGCUGGGCGGGCCGCGGACUGCCAAGGCCCUGACCACCAUGAUGUUCGUCAGCCUUUGGCUCCUCUACAUCCUCUUCUCCUCACUGGAGGCCUACUGCCACAUCCAGGGCUUCUAAGAUGGUGAAAUACGAUCCAGAGGGGUGGGGGGGGAUUUCAGGGGGCGGAGUCAAGGUGGCCUACUCGGUCUAUCGUUCCCUCUCUUUUUGCGGAUCGACUGACGGCUGAAUGGAUGAAGGAGUGAAGGAUGCACCGGUGCAUCUGAAAACACAAGCGAAGGAAAACGUGGACGCGGAAUCACACCGGAACUAUUCGAAUGCAUUUCUUCAUUUAAAACAAAAGCCACUAAGAAAAAAAUGGUCUUAAAUUUGCCGUCCGUAGAGUUCGCGCACCAGGUAGAAUUUUCCAGACUGAUUUGUUGCGUUUGUGACUCCGUGCAUGAGUGGACGAUACUGACAAUAUGACCACAGGAGAGCCAGUGUGUGUGUGUGUGUGUGUGUGAGUGUGUGUGUGUGUGACAUCACUGCUGCUUAGGGACUCAAGUACUGAGUAGUCAAGUACUGUGAAAACAAACAACAACAAGAUAAACUCGCCUCUUUGUUUUUGCUCCGCGAGACUGAAAAUGCUUUUAAGUAUUCAAUGCGGUCUUUUUUUUUUUUUCAUUGGCCUGUAGAAACGCCGAGUCGCCGUCGUCCAUGAGAUAUGUAAAUAAAGCCCAGCUUACUCACGAGUUGCGUUCGCAGCUCGUAGCGAAUGUUUUUCCCCGGUCGCGCUGGACGUCUUUUCUGUUGCUUUAAACUGUAGAAUGCGGUUCUGACAUGACAACAAGAGCUUAUAAACCUUUAAUCAGGCCUCGUCUGAUCGGACAAAAUGGCCACUAUACCGUUUAAAACUGUUAAGAGUAUUACAAGUGCGCAUAUAUAUAUAUAUAUAUAUAUAUAUAUAUAUAUAUAUAUAAAUUUUAUGUUUGGUCUCACCUAGUGUAGAUGUAAAAAACAAAUAAGAUUAAGGUACCACCCUCAGUCAUUUUCUGAUGCCUCACUCCCAUAUACGUAGUUUUGUCUCUUGUUUUCCACGUGUCUUAAACCAAAACCCUACUACACUCCUCCACACAAUCGAUGGACCAUUCCAAAUCCUUAAGGGCUGACCUACAUUUAUUACCACCACCCCUUAACCCGAACUUGUUCCCUUGCUUGUAGUUUUGUCUAUGGGGUACACAGCUAAACCUGAUAACAAUGGCUCAAGCUGAUGUUGCGUAAGACGGGACAGCCCCCCCAAAAAAAUUCCAGCUGUUGAGAGUGGGUAAAGGUUUUCUGUCAUUCUUAAACCCAAAAGUAUUUUGACCAAGUAAAAUGUAUUCAGAGACCUGGCAACUUUUUAAAAUGGUGAAAAAAUCUGGAGUCCACCCCCCCGAUUAUCGACCACAGCUCGUCCUGGAAAAAUUGAUGCUUACGUUAGCUCAUGUCGUUCUUAUUUACAAAUGAUCUUAAAUCCUACUGGUGUCUGAAAUAUAUCUCAGCAAGUUGCUGAGGGGCUUUUCCACACAGCAACAACGAGGCGCUCUAAAGCAGCCAAGUGUGUGUCUAGGUACUGUUUUAGCCAUGCCCCAAAAAAUCUGAAAACUGAAUUGUUAAUUGUUGUCUUUGCACGUUUUCAGCGCUUAAACAUAAUUAGAAACAAAUCUCUGAAAUCUCAUUUCAGGGUCUUUCAAGUAUUUCUUAUCAAUUUUGUGAUGGAAACUGAUGACGGGUAAAUGGUUCCAAUUUGACUUUUGGUUCAAUUUGUUGAGAUUGUUUCAAAUGGAAUGAUGACCGCUGUCAUUGGGCAGAAUUUUCCCGAUGAUAUGUUCUUUUACUUGAUAUCUUAUUUUAAAGAUAGAAUUUGCAAUUAGAAGUGUAAAUCAAUUUUCAACACAGCUCUAUGUAAAACUGGAGGUGAGUUUGGCGUAAAUAUCUUAAAAAUACAACUCUGGAACGACUUUCCUCCUCUUUAAUGACUGAAUUCACUCAUGGUCAUAACAACGAUGAUAAUAAUAAUAAUAUACGUCCAACUCUUGCAUGAUGCACGACUUUUUUCCCCGUUUGGAAUUCUCCUUGAAGGCCUUCGAGUGGCAGUUUACCCCUGUUUUUGUCAAAGGGAAAUAUUUCUAUGCGAAUAUUGACUGUACAAGGGUUUUCUAGCCGAGGGGUUGUUUUCUUACAAAAAACACACACAGACAAAAUUUAUUCACCUUCUUAAGAGCUUGUGAGAACCUUAACCACGUUCAAAAUUUCUAUAUGUAUUUGUCUCUUCACUGGCAUGGAGCUGAAGGUUUAUACACUGUAAAAAGUUGUGCUUAUUUGUGGAGGCUGUCACUUUUUGAGUAACUUCAACUGUUAGCUUUGGUGGUAGCUUCAUGUGGUUGGACUUACUGAAAAUGUGCACGCUUGCCAUAUUUGUUGGAGCGCAGGAAUGAAAAGCUUGUAGUCACGUGUUCAUAGGUGUUUGCAUCAAAUUAGGUAGUUAGCCUUUGUCUUGUAAUGGGGAAUGAGAUGAUUUUGCUAUUGUUCUAUGACAAUUCUUUGAGUCCAAACACUCUCUGCUGGAGAUGAUGCUGUAUUUGAGACGGCUGGGAAUUUGAAGUUAAAAUGGUCACGCACCCGAAUAGAAACACACGCACUUAACCGGACCAAAUAUGGCAAAUCGGACUUCAGGACAUCAAUCAUCAAUUGGGAUACAGCACUUACUAAGGCUGAACAUUAACAAUAGAUUUGUGCUUUUUCUCAAAACUGUAACUCGAAAAACACAAAAAAAACCAUUCAUAUGGUUUUGUCUUUGAAUUUCUUUAAUGAUGGCAAAGAAAAACAUUUAUGACGAUAAUGGGAGCCAAUAAUAACGCAUCUGUGUGUUGUUCAUUUCUCAAGAGUUCUUAAAUGCAGCAUUAGCCCAAGCUAGCAGUGAUGCUAACAGAGCAGAAGUGGACAGUUUAUUUUAUCAAUGAAGGAAAAAGAUUUGCACUGACUCUGUGGCUUUUGUGAAAUGGCUACUGCUCUAAUGUUAGUUUUCCUUUUGUCAAAGUUGCUUACAAUGUAAACAACCACCUUGUACUUAAUGUAUAAAAAAAAAGAAAAUACUAAGAAAACUACAAAAACGACGCAAUUUACCUCCUGGUGAACUUCCUGACUGAUGAAUGAACGGACAGGAAUGGGAACCGGGACGACAGCGUGAAACGAUACCAAACAGGAAGCGGAGGUGGGGGGAAAUGAAGUUACAGCCAUAUUUCGUUGAUUUGUGGGUCAGCGAGCAUAUGUGUGUAUCGUCCUGGUGUCUUAUCUGUCCUCCAUUGCUUUUGUCUUCACUACCGGAAAACUGAACAUAAGGCAGCGACCAGUUUGUCUAGCUACAUCUAUCUCCAUGUUUUUUGGGAAUGUCGACGUGAUACUUGUGGACACAGUGCAUGAAUGCUAAUGUGUGUGUACAUAGUAGAGUUAUAGAGAAUCGUAUCUCAUUAUUCCAAUUAAAAACAAACAAACAAACAAAAAAAUAGGACUGAAUGCUGUACAGAUUCAGGAUUUCUCUUCAUUUUCUUGAUCUAAAUUGUUUUGGGAGGAAAUUGCACAUUGCAGCAAAGGCGUAUUAAGGCCACACAGCUAAGAAGUAAAAAAUACACAUGAGAACAAA